UAUAUUUUAAGUUCCACAUUGAAGUUCCAACACUGGUUAUAAAUUUACAUGCUAUAAAAGGGACGCGAUGGAUGAUGAAGUAAAAAAGCAUAAGCCACAUAUACCCAAAUCCAAUCUUAGGAAAAUCAUACGGAGUAUAUUCCAAUAUGAACAACUCGACUCUGGCUAACUCAUCAUGUCCCCUCUUGGGAGACAAGAACAUCAUCAAGGGAUUGAAAUACAAAUGGUUAGACCAGAACAUUUUUGUUGAUGUUGAUACUUGGAUCUAUCCCCAUGUAGCUAUUCCAAAAUAUCCCUCAACAGAAUUAAGUCGGCUUGUGAAAAAAGUUGUGAUGGAGGGGUCAUUUACCACACUUCUACAAAUAGCUAGGGCUGUUGCAAGAAGUGCACUGAGUGAGAAUGACUAUAUAUCUGCGGUUAGUGUAUCUGUGAAGGUUGAAAACCCUAAGGAAGCAGAAGCUGAUUCCACUGAUUUUUGGGGAGCUGACGUUUUUCGCUUCAAGGGAAACGACAACAUAUGAUUUAUACAUGCAUGAAAUUAAAAUUAAAAGAAUGUACUUUAAUUCGCCAGAGGGCAUGGGUGCUGGAACUAUUCAAUAAAUAAAUAAAUAAAUAAAUGAAACUUAUUAUGACACAACUUAUAUAUGUAAAUAAGAUGUCAAUUAAAAGACCAUUUGCCAAUUGGCUUAGAAUGAAAUGUGGUGGAGUAGCAUAAUUAAUUUCACAACCGAAUUUAGAAUUAGCC